UCGGGGACCAGCGCAGCGCGCCGAUGGCAGCGUAAAGCGCUCGCGUGCCGCCGCUGUGCCGGACAACUCGAGCGAAGGGCUUUUACUUCUGGUGCGUGAUCCGUACAUCGACGCGGCGUACGCGAGCGAACUACGAAGUGCAAGGGAAAGUGCGAAAGGGCCGUACUACGCGCACCCCCUCUCUCUCUCGCGGCAAGCACGGCAAUUCGUACUUGGGCGAGCUGUGCGCGAGAGAAAGAGGCAGGCGAGAGAGACAGGCGCACGGGGUGCAGGGGAGGGGCAAAGGACGGAGGGAGGAAGCGUAGGAACGAGCGAGACGGAGAGACGCGAUUGUGGCGCGUUCGCGACGAGGCGCAGCGUCGCACGGCUCCGCAGAGAGGAAGCGGCCGAAGUUCGGAGUGGACGGGGAGGCAGACAGACGGACGGACGGGACGAGACGCGCCGCCGCCGCCGCCGCCGCCGCCGUUGUUGCUUGUCGCGCGUUGCGGAGUCGAAUUCGCCGAUUCGGCAAAGCGUGCGAGAAGUCGGUUCUCUCGCCGCGCGUCCUCGCUCGUCCGCUUCCGUCCGACACGUCGGGGUUGCCGCUUGCCAUUUACUGCUCUGAUCCCCCGAAGACGAAGCUGCGAGGACGGACCACCUGCCGGGAAGAUAUGGAGAUAUCGAAGAGCCUGCAGGAGGAGAUUAUCGCCGUGCAAAACAAACUGCAGAACGCGAUACUCGAGCACCAGAUUCACGUGGGGAGAUUGAAGGAUGAUCCAAAUAACACAGAUAUUCUCGGCCAGAUACAAAAGAUUCAGGUGCACAUCGUUUCCUUGGGAAGAUGCCAGAAGCAGAUCGUGCAGCGACUGCGCAAAGAGGUGGAAGCGUUCAAGGCGGAUAACGCGAACGGGUCGAAAGUUUCCAUACCAUCUUUCCUGGGCCUGAAUAACAACAAUCAUAUUACGAAUAACAACGAGACGAAGCGCGAAGCGGCUGCCAAUGGUUUCGAGACGAAGCCAUCGAAGGAGGAUUACGAGGAGGUUGUCAGAAAUGGCGAUGUUCAUCAUUCGUCGCCGCGAGAUAACGAUUGCGCAAAGAUACGUCCGAGCUCGGUGGAAACUAUUUCCGGCGAAGAUGACAUCGUCGAAGUGUCAAUGGACGAAAACUCGUGCGAGAAGCAGGAGGCGCAAGAGGAACGCAACGCCGAAUCACCGGAGAAGCAGAACUUCCUGUAUGCCCUCGGGCUUAUUACCAAGUCCAAAUGCAUGGAGCUCCAGAACAGGAGAGUGGAAAGGAAACGGCGCAGUACGGCAAACCCGCAAUUCGUGUACUCCAUGCUCGAACAGCCAUCUAAGCGUAAGAGGCAUUCGUAUUUGCAAUCUGGAAACGCGCCUCAUACUCGACAGACGACCGCCCGGUUGAACGGACCAUCGCCACCGCCUAGCAAAGCUCAGCCAACGAAAUCAAUCUCGCCGCCGGUUCAAACGAUAACAAAGUCGUUGAUUCCGGUCCAGAAGUCCACCACGAGGCCGAAUAUCCUGCGAAACGCGGACAGCAAGGUCUUCGUGAACAAAAGCAAGAUCGAAGACAACCAAAUGCGGUCGUCCGUGUCUAGUGCCAAAUCCAUUCAAUCGAUAGGCAACAAGGCGGUCCAUAUACCCGGAUUACCGUCUAGUUUGACUAUUGAGAGGAUCGGGAAUGAUUCUGUAGUGUGUAUCUGUUGUAGAAACCCAGGGUCGUUAACGAUAUGCAAGAAUUGCUCAAGUAACUAUCACGUCUCGUGCCACAGUCGAUCGCCGGCUCCAUUCAGGACUUGUCCAAAGUGCGUUCUAGCAAUGGACGAGGAAGACGACAUGGAAAAGGACGAGGAAGCGGAGGUCAAGGGCCAAGCGGAAGGGGAGCGCAAAUUGGCGCGUUACAGAAAGGAUGAGAAGCUCGCUGCAACAUCGUAUGCGUCAGGAGUUAUUGGGAAAGCAAGAGAAGACUCAGAGAUCUAUAAAACGGCUGGUGGACUUCAUAAAAUUGAUACAACUCAGAAAAAAUGCAUCCUCUCCAACGCCUUCGGCAUCAACCAGUUGCCCGCCUCGACCUUCCUCAUCCCAAUCACCACAAACAAUAACUCCGCCUCAAACCAACCAGAAAGCAGCAAAUCAUUCACCUCGAUCGUCGAUGUCGAGCAACGAGCAGACGGCGUGCCUCGCAACUCUCACGUCGUCUUCAACCAGCACUCACGAUCGGGUAUCGCCUAUGUCCACCAAACAGCAGACCAGAUGCCUUACACCUACCAGCUGCCCGGCACCACUGUCCAGCCAGAAAAGCACCAAUCAUACCUUAUCGUCAAGAAAAUCACCGAGUCGAGUGGAAGGCCCGAUCAGUCUACUGGCGGUGAAGUCGAAGACCAAAACCGCUCGGCAGUUUUCAACUACCAACUGUCUGCCGGUAACUCUACCGUUGAAAGCGACCGCCACUCCCUCGUCACCCACUCCUUGCUCUUCAACAGUGGUAACAACCGUAAGAAGCAAAGCAAUCGUUCAGUCCCAGCGCUCCACCGCGUCACCAACGUAUCAAAAUUGUCAAAUUCUCCUCACGCCUUCUCGAGCGACUAUCAACUGGAUCGAGCGACCCUCAAUGGCAGAAAACCCUGGGCCAAGCUCACACGCGGCAAACUCUGUAUCAAUCAGCCAGCCAAACGUGCCACGGAAACCCUAUUGUCGUUCUGCGGCGACUCCGAGAACGGCAACGAGCAGUUGCAGCAACGACCAAAGUCAGCCGGAUCAGCCGAGGAAGCAGCAACUGCAACAGCGAAUCUCAGCAAUCGUGGCAAGCACAGGUCAAGAGCCGGCACCCUCAUCCACUCGCUGUUCCCAGGCCAUAACAAGCCCCAUAUCGUCGCCGGUGGUGCACGCGAGUCACGAAGCUUCAGCCCAAACGACCGAGACUAUCCGCUCCUGCGGCAGCAGCUCUGCCGCGCGGAGCACGAGCUGGAGCAACAGCCGCGCGAGCAGCCAGACAAGCCAGCAACAGUCCAGCUCCAGCGGCGCGCCCUUACGAGAUUCUUCGAACACGUGAAAUUGGAAGAAGCGCAUAUACCAGCGCCACUUAGAACAAAGCUAGCACACAAGGACGACAAGAUCGGCGAUGACGAGGAAGAUGCCCGGGAGGAGGGUGCCGCGCGCGACCAACAGUACGAUGACGGUGAUGCCGUUGCUGAAGCUCCACUGUUGACGUCGUGCGACUUGGACGGAAAUCGGCUGCUGGUAAGUUUCCCUUGGGUAGCGCACAAUGCGAGAGACUCCCGCGACGAUGAUGACGACACCUCGAACAACCAGUCGCCAGUCCAUCAUCCUGCGGACAUAGCUCCCGACGAUUUCGAGAGUUACGAGCUCGCGCGUGACGCACAGUCGCCGUGUAUGAUGGCUUACCGGCAGUUGGCGGAGAAUCCUGAUCGACCUGACGGCCUAUCGAGUGACGCGUAUUGUGCGAGACGACAAGGAGAUGACGGGGCGACGAUAGCGACGCUGCGUAUUUCACAAAGCAAUCUGCCGGAGCUUCGUAACCAGGUCUCAGUUCCUGACGAUAAGGCUGAAACCGAGAGACAAGACUUACCCAGUGGUAGGCGGUCGAGGAGCAACAGCAGCAGCAGCGAUAGCAGUAACAGCAGCAGCAGUAAUAGCACCACCAACAGCAGCAGCAGUGGCCCCAGCGACACCCCGGAGCAAGCGAUGAAUAACGUCAAUCACUUCUCGAACGAUUUCGGAAUUUUCUCCGCAAAAGAAAGCGAGGACGAGCUGAGGCGACACGAACUGGCGAUGUCGUGCGAAGCCGACUGCAGUGACGCUGCCACUGGCUAGACAUAGAUAGGCUAAUUACGUUGUCGUUGACUGCGUCAAUCGUGGUCAUCGUGAUAUGCUUAACUCCCAUUCGUAGACGCGGUAUCUCGAUGACACAUUCGUUUUUCUUUUCCUUCCCGUUUUUGCUUUUCCGUUUUUUGAAAGGGAGCAGUGCGUAGCAAUCGAAUCAUAGCAAGUAUACGAUCGCGUUGUAUUCUAUAGAUUUUACAACGACAGUUCAGUGACAUCCUGAAGGUUUUUAUCAGCGGAUCGUCAGCUCGAUUACGCCGCAUCUCUCGAUGCACUGUGGCCCACACAACAGCGUUGGUUAAAAUCGUUGCUACAACUGUAUCGAUUUUCUUUUCAUUCACUUUUCAUUCGCUCGAUAUCUUUAUCCAGUUUUCAUGAGGAAAGAUUGAAGACCAGAUGUCUUCUGUCGUGAAACAGUUGAAUUUCUUCGUUUCUCGUAUUUAUACGCAAUAUCAGUUUUAUCGCUGCUCGAUCGAGAAUUGAUCAAGAAACACGAUGUUUUUGUUAAUGUGAGAUGGCGAAGAUAGCUAGAGAGAAUUGGCGCGUGUGUAUCCGCAUUUGUUUGAAUAUGAAACUCAUCAGUAUAUCCUGAUACAUGUCCUCGCAACAAUUGUGAUGACGUGACUAGAGAAACGAGCACAUAUCCGAGAUGUUGCGCAAUUACGUGAGGAGCAGGCACAGGCGAGGAAUAAAGCCUAACUAUUACGUAAAUUAAGUCAUAUUACCAUACUGCCUUAAUAGUGAUAUAAAAAUGGUAAUUUCUAAACGCAGAUCGGCAAUCGCAGAGAGUGAUACGUACACCGACUGAUCCGAGAUCUGCGAAACGUGAUCGGUGAUUGGAAAAUGUGCAAACGCAGUGAAACAAUACGACUAAUCAAAUUCUUGUUACCAUAAUCGAAAGUAGAUAUUAAGAGUCAUCGUCUGUAAGUUUCAUAAAGCGACGCUUAAAACAGUGAAAUGUGAAAUCGAUCGAUUCAUUUCUCACGAAAAUUGUACAUGAGACUACUUGGUGGAAAGCAGCUCUGCGAAGAGGGAGAGAGAUAGGAAAGAAAGAGCGAGAACUACCCUCUGGUAGCGAUAGUGAUUAUCAUAUUUCGUGAAGAUAAACGAGAACUUUGACGACGUUCGACGUUUCCUUGAUUUUAAUCGGUUUAUCAUCGUUUUUUCAUCGUUGGAUAGAGCAGAGUUGCGAUCUUUUAUCUGCAGGGAAACUGAAGGACGAUAGUUUGAAAGAAAUUUAGUUUGCCACGAAACUAUUAUCGAUACUAUUAUCAUUAUCUUUAUUCCUUACGUUAUAAAAUUAACUCAUCUAUUUAUUUCGUGUUAGUAUAAAAUUUCAUUUUCGUCGGGCAUUAUCGCUGGCUUGCCCAACACAUUUAUACUUAACUACUGUAUAAAAUUAAGGAAAAACUUGUUAUGCAGUAUAAGCAACGAGAUAUUAAGAUCGAAAUUCGUAUUUUUUAUGAAAUAAAACCUCUUAAAUAAUAUA